AACUACCUCAGGACACUGCAGAGCGCGCACGAGAGAGAGAGAGAGAGAGAGAGAAGAAGAGAGAGGGGAAAAUAGAGACGGGAAGAGAGAUCCAAGCACGCUCUCUCUCUCUUGCUGCUACAACGGAUUCUUUGCACAUCUACGCUACUGUUAACGUCACGCCUGUGAGCCGUGCUCGCACCCUGCGCUCGCCUUCUCUGUCUUGCUCGCUCCCUGGUCAGACGUUGCAUAGGAGAGGAGGCACUGAUCAGCACCAGGAUAGGCGGGGGGUUUAAGAAAGAAAGAAAAAAAAGGACUGGGAAGCAAGAAAAAAGACGGAGAGGAAAGAGAAACUGCGCACCACUCCUCCUGUCUUCAAACCCCCCUCCUCAGUCAACCCAGCUACAACACCACCACCACUCCUCCUCCUCCUCUCCUCCUUCCAUCCCUCAUCCUGCUCCCCCCGCCCUCUCUGAAGAAAUUGACGGAUUAUUGGGAAGUGCGCGGGAGGCAGGCUGCAGCUGCUGCUGUGUGCACUUCACGGGGAUGGUGCGCGCGCGUUCGCAAUUUGCCGCACGGCCGCAGUGUGCGCCAACCCGAGAGGGACGACGAGAUUAAGGACGGCCAAAAAUUAAAAAGAAAAAAAAACGGAGCCUCAAAGCCCUUGCUACCCCCAGCCGCAGAAAGAGAGAGACAAGAAAAGCGGAAGGAAAAAACAUCAAGUGGACACGACGCCACACUGAGACGGAGAGCAAGAGAGAGAGCUGUCAGACUGACCAAGCGACCAAAUGAUUGACCACUGAAAAGUAGAGGAAUACAAAGAGAAGGAGGGGGGGGGUCUUUUUUUUUUUUUUUUCAAACCCCCGGAUUGUCAAUCUCUUCUCGCAAGCGCCGCAAACAACUGGAAAAGAACACUGAAAAGGACCGAAGGAUUUUUUUUUCAUUAACCACUUAAUUCUGUCCCGUUUGACUGUAUCUUCAAAAAAAGAACAGUGCACUUGUGACUGUGUGCUGCUAUGGAAACCUGGAUAAGGUGUCUAUCUGGGGGAUCAACUGACAGAUUCCAAGGACAAGCAAGGGAAGAGGAGCUGACUGCAAGAAGGCAGCAGUGGAGCAUUGCUUCUUUGGGAGCCUGAGUGGAUUCCUACGUACUUACUAUCUUUUUUUUGUUUGAUCAAGAGACAAACAAUCAUAAUAAAGGGCCUACGACUCUUAUCGGAUUGGAUGUAUGGAUUUACAAGAAAGGGCUCAUCCUGGUUUAGCUUUGCUUUUAAAAGGGCAGUUAUUAAAAGGCGUUCUUUGCUGCCCACAGGAUAUACAUACAUCCGCUCUUUUGUGAUUGCAAAAAAGGAGGGAAGCCUUAUAUCUCAGUGCAAGGACCUGUAAUGUUAACUUGAGGUAGGUGUCGUGUGUUUCAACUGCUCUCUGCAGCCAACCUGCUCUGUGUCUUGUAACAAUGGCUUUUUGUUGCUUAAUUUACUAUCAUAUUCUUCUCAUUCACGUUUCAAAACAGCCAGCCCCACCUACUCACCUCCUCUCCCCUGAACACACAAACUGUUAGCUAAAAGAUCGUAAAAGCAAGCAUACAAGAUCCUCAUUAUGUCCCCGUUCCAUCUUCAGUUUUCUUAACCCUUUUAACUCUGGUCCUUGUAACACUUAAACCAGUCAGCCAUCUAAUCUUGCUGUACCCCAACCCACACACCCCACACCACCAUCCGGCCCCCCAGAUGAUGCUAAAUUAUGAAUGUGCCACAUCAUGAGUCUCCUGGGGAGGGUAGCUGUGCAUUGUGCCAGGAAAGCCGCCCUACUCUGUGUAGUGUUCCUGAUGGCACGAGCAUGGAGCAGUGCCUCCCUGGCCUUAGGGGCGGCGGUCUCUCAAGGACCCCAGGGCUGCCCCCCUCAGUGUUCUUGCAGUAGUCAGCAGGGGAAGGUGGUGUGCACCCGCCGGGGUCUCACUCGCGUACCACCGGGUAUUCCGGCCAACACACGACACCUCAAUCUGAUGGAAAACGCCAUUGAGGCGGUGCAGGCUGACUCAUUCCGCCACCUGCACCACCUUGAGGUGCUCCAGCUUGGGCGAAAUGCCAUUCGGCAGAUUGAGGUGGGCGCGUUUAAUGGACUCACUAGCCUAAACACUCUAGAGCUGUUUGACAACCGUUUGACGGUGGUGCCUAGUGGGGCCUUUGAGUACCUGUCUAAGCUAAGAGAACUAUGGUUGAGGAACAACCCCAUUGAGAGCAUUCCCUCCUACGCCUUCAACAGGGUACCCUCCCUGAUGCGAUUAGACCUUGGAGAGUUGCGGAAACUGGAGUACAUCUCAGAAGGAGCUUUUGAAGGCCUACAAAAUCUCAAGUACCUCAACUUGGGGAUGUGCAACAUAAGGGGGGACAUGCCAAACCUUAGUCCCCUUAAGGGCCUGGAGGAGCUGGAGAUCUCGGAAAAUCACUUCCCUGUGAUAAAGCCAAGCUCCUUUAAAGGCCUGUACUCACUGAAAAAACUAUGGGUGAUGAACUCGCAAAUAACAGUGAUUGAACGCAAUGCCUUUGAUGACUUAUCCUCACUGGUGGAGCUUAAUCUGGCCCAUAAUAACCUGAGCGCUGUUCCACAUGAUCUGUUCUCCCCGCUCAAGUACCUUGUGGAGCUCCAUCUCCACCACAAUCCUUGGAACUGUGGCUGUGAAGCUGUGUGGUUAGCACGCUGGCUAAGGGAAUACAUCCCCACCAACUCCACCUGCUGUGGACGCUGUCACUCACCCGCCAACAUGAGAGGUCGACAGCUGGUUGAGGUGGACCGAGGCGAGGGUGCUGCAACCCAGUGUUCUGCACCGUUCAUUGCGGACGCUCCAAGGGAUUUUAACAUCUCGGCGGGGAGAGUCACCGAGCUUCGGUGUCGCACAGCUCAGAUGUCGUCAGUUCGCUGGCUCCUACCCAAUGGGACUAUCCUGACUCAUGCCACCAGUCAUCUGAGGAUAUCAGUACUCAAUGACGGGACCCUAAAUUUCUCCAAUGUUCUGGCUGCUGACACGGGCACUUACACCUGCAUGGUAUCCAAUGCAGCUGGCAACUCCAAUGCUUCGGCCUACCUCAACGUGAGUGCAGCCGAGCUCAACACGUCCAUACUAAGCUACUUUACGACAGUGACGGUGGAGGUCUUGGGGCCAACGACAGAGAUGCCUAAACCCAAAACCGCUGCAACAGCAGUCGUUGGCGUCGCUGGAGGAGGACUGGGCCUUGGAACAACCACCACAACUGCCUCACCUUCAGUCUUUCAGCCAGUGUUCAUCUCCACACCAACUGUGUUGCUGCAAAGCACCGACAGCCCACCUGGUGCAGCAAAGCCAUCUGCAGUGCCAGGACUCAAAGGGGCCACUGGUAGGCCUGGAAAGUCGGGCCCAAGUCUGGAUGAGGUGAUGCAAACCACCAAGAUCAUAAUAGGCUGCUUUGUGGCAGUGACACUGAUGGCUGCCGUAAUGCUUAUAGCUUUCUACAAACUAAGAAAGCGUCACCAGCAGAGGAGCACAGUGGCGGCUGCUCGCACUGUGGAGAUCAUUCAGAUGGACGAAGAGGACCUGCCACCACCAGCGUCUGCAACUCAAGAGACAGCCCUUACUUUGCCGGAAAUUCGGGACCAUAACAGCAUCCACAAACUGGACUUUCUCAGCCACAAGGCAGAUUACAGCUUUCACAAACCUAAAGCAGAAUACAAACCUCAGCCCGAUUUCACUCUUCACAAGCCGAAAGCGGAGUAUACAACGUACAAGCCCAACAUGGACUUCCACAGUAGCCACAAGUCCAUCCCAGAUUACAGCACUCAUAAAUCUACACCAGACUUUAGCCUACAUAGGCAAAAGCUUGACUACAGCCCCUUCAGGCAAGACUUUAAUACUCACAGACCUAAAGCAGAAUACAGUCAAUUCAAACCAGACUUUGGAACCCACCCGAAAAGCAGGACAGACUACAGCCCUUUCAAAGCAGACUACAGCACUCAUCCAAGGCAGAAAACGGACUUUAGCCCCUUCAAGAGAGAUUAUAGUACUCAACCCAAAUCCAAACAUGAGUACAGCCCAUUAAGAUCGGACUACAACAUUCAGCAAAAACAUAAAGGGGAAUACAGCCCAUUCAAGCCUGACUUUGGCACUCAUCCAAGGCCUAAACCGGAUUACAGUCCAUUCAAGCCUGGCUAUAGCACUCAACCUAAACCCAAAACAGACUACAGUGUCCAGAAAUGCAAACCUGACAUCAACUACAAACCCAAGGACCCCUACAUAUCCCACAAAUCUCCAAAUGACUACAAUGCUUACAAGACGGACUUCAGCCCGCACAAAGCUGAUUUAAGCGCCUUGAAAUCAGAAUUCAGUCCCUACACUCAGAGACCUAAAAUGGAUUACAGCCUGAACAAGAUGGACUACAGUCCUCACAGGACAGACUUUAGCACCCUAAGGCCGAAAUACAACACCUACAAACCAACGGGACAUGGGGCCAAAUGGACCGAGAACAAUGUUGGGAAUUCUUUGCCUCGAACCUUGCCUAGCACCAUCACAGCCAUGGCUGAGCCCUUUGUCAUAAAAACUCAUACAAAAGAGAAGGUACAGGAGACUCAGAUUUAAAUGGUCAACAGCCCAGCUAUUGCCCCCAGUCAUCAAUCCGACCCCCUUAAAUCAUGCAAUAGAAUGCACAAUGAAAAAAAGGACCGAGGCGACUAUUUUGGACAGAGAGCAGAGACUGAUGUUGUACAUGCUUAUAAAUAAAUAUAUAUAUGGACACAUUGAAACUACAAUGGGCUGGUGACCGAGAAACAUAUUAAAAAGAAAGUGAAACUAUUUUCUAACUUGUAACUUCUAUUUAAAAUAUGUUGUUUAAGAAGCUGUCUUGACUUUGACUAAUGAGGGUAGUGUUGUUUUAAAGAGAAAAAACAGGGAGGGGGGCAUUCUGUGUGAUUUUUACACUGCGCUACAGAGAAUGCAGUGAGAAGAGAAAUAUUUAUACAGAAAAAGUCUUUCUUUAACAAAAAAAAGGUCAAUGUUGAUCUUUACAGGUUUAUCUUCUAAAAGCACCAAGAAUUUGUACUGUGCCAAAUGUUAUAAAUGCAAUAAAAGAUUUUUU